AUAGGCAUCGAGGUAAAUAAAGUACACUGUGAACAUUAAGCAGCUCCUAAUGUGGCUCUCCCUAUCUGGGGGCUCCUUUUUUUAAAAUGUGUUUUUAUAUGUUUCCCCCGCCCCUUCUCAAUGUCCUUUAACUGGUGUGGUGCGGCAAGAAAGAUUACACAAAUCUACUGUGAUGUUUCUCAGGAGAUAGCUCUUUGACCCUCUUCGACAUUUUUCUUUGUUGAUCCUGGUGAACUGAUUUUUUUGAAGCAGACGCUAAAAAAAUAUCGCAUCCAGUCGACUUGGACAAGUACCAAUAACUUUAAAAGUUGCACGGUAUAUGUAGGUGAACGGCAUUUGAAACGAUGUAUAACAUGCAACCACUUACAUUAUAAAAACGUAUGACGAAGUCCUGCAUCAAACUUCACAGAUUUGCUAUUUUAGUUUAGAUAAGUUACAGGUUUGAGUUUCACCAACAGCCAGUGGAUUUUGCUAUAUUGAUGAGGUAUUGGGUGAAUCAGCAAUAUUCUUGAAAAUACUCUUUGUGUUUUUUUUUUUGGAAGUGUGUAAAACCAGCGACUGACAAACGGUGCCGGGGGUUUUGAAGUAAAUAGCGAGGAGUUAGACGUCCCAUGGUAAUACCCCACAAUGCGAUUGGUGUGAAUGAAACGUACCGUUCGUUCCCCGUUGCUGUUGUCCCAAGCGACCAGCUCCGCCUCCGGGCUACCAGUGACAAUUGAUUCGCCUGAUACUUGAUAGGGGGGGGGGGGGGGGAUCGGCCACUUGAGAGGUGCUGCAAUUAACUUUAUUUUAAAGAGACAUACAUUUCUUGCAUCCCCAUAAAACUAAAGUAUGUGAAAUCAAACGCGAUGGCUCGCCUUGUGUUGCUGCUGCUCUGGGUGCUCCGAGGUCCCGUUUUCUGUGCUGACCAGGACUGCCCCAAGCUCUGCAGCUGCGGAACGGAUAAUCAGAUCAUUUGCCAGGACGGCAAAGUCGAUCAUGUCCCAAAUGACUUUCCCAGAGGCUUCAGCAAGCUGAUAUUUAAAUACACCAGUCUGCACAUCAUUCCAAGUGGAGCGUUCUUUGGACUCAACAACCUAACAAGCAUCUGGGUGUUACAGAAUGAAGCUUUGGAGAAUAUUGAAGAAAACACUUUUGUCAAUCUACCAAAACUUAAUGAAAUAAUAAUUGAUAAAGCCAAACUGCUUGUGCAUAUUGAUCAAGGAGCAUUUAGAAAUCUUCCACAGUUAAGAUACAUGACUAUUACAAACACUGGCAUUGGGUACUUCCCUGAUAUCACAAACAUACAUUCUGAAGAUUUUAUCCUUCUUGAAUUCCGAGAUAAUGUAAACAUGCACAUCAUUCCAUCUAAUGCUUUCCAAGGAUUAAGCAGUGGGACAUUAAAUAUAAAGUUGAUUAAUAAUGACCUCACAGAAGUACAAGGUCAUGCAUUUAAUGGAACAGAUUUGGGUCAGCUCAAUCUCUCAGGUAAUCAAAAUCUGCAGAAUUUACAUGAUGAUGUCUUCGUGGGAGCAACAGGACCCACUGUUCUGGAUAUUUCCAGGACCAGCAUUAGUGUGCUUCCAACUCAUGGCUUGAAAUUUGUUAAGAAGCUCAUAGCUCAGUCCACUGCCAACUUAAAAAAGCUGCCAUCUCUGGACAACUUUGUCGAACUAAGAGAGGCCAGCAUGACAUAUCCAAGCCACUGCUGUGCAUUUCAAAAUGAAAAUGCCAAGAAGAAAAAUGAAAUACAGUGGUCUGCAGUUUGUAACAAGCUCUAUAACAAUAUCAGCUCCCAAAAGGAAUCUGAGAAUAGUUGGCUGCUUUCAAAAAGAUCUUUGCAGAUGAACUCAACAUUUCCUCAAGAAUAUGCCUUCAUUGACAAUGAGGCAUGGUUUGACUUAAAUGACGAUGAACCUUCCUUUGACUAUGGUUUCUGCACAAAUGUGGAUGUAAUCUGUAAUCCAAAAGCUGAUGACUUCAAUCCCUGUGAAGACAUUGUGGGAAAAGACAUUCUAAGGGUCAUAAUUUGGCUAAUGAAUAUUCUCGCUAUUGUGGGGAACAUUGCUGUUCUCAUAGUCUUAUUAACCAGUCGCUAUAAACUUACAGUCCCGCGGUUUCUAAUGUGUAACUUGGCCUUUUCCGACUUUUGUAUGGGUCUCUAUUUGUUGCUGAUUGCUUCUGUGGAUAUCCGAACCAAAGGCCGCUACUAUAACUAUGCCAUAGACUGGCAGACUGGUGCGGGCUGUGCCUCUGCUGGGUUCUUCACCAUUUUUGCCAGUGAGCUCUCAGUGUAUACACUGACUGCGAUCACCCUAGAGAGGUGGCACACAAUAACUUAUGCCAUGCAGUUGGACAGAAAGCUUUGUCUGAGGCAUGCCAUUGUGAUCAUGAGUGGGGGUUGGAUAUUUUCAUUCACUGUUGCAGUGCUCCCUCUUAUUGGGAUCAGUAAUUAUCGAAAGGUGAGCAUCUGCCUCCCUAUGGACAUAAACUCCCCAGUCUCACAAGCUUACAUCAUUUUCAUUUUGAUAUUAAAUGUUAUUGCAUUUCUACUCAUUUGUUUCUGCUACAUUAAAAUCUACCUAACUGUUCGUAACCCCAACUUUAUUUCUACAAAUAGCGAUACAAAAAUCGCCAAACGUAUGGCUGUGCUAAUCUUUACAGAUUUCAUUUGCAUGUCACCAAUAUCUUUCUUUGCCAUUUCAGCAGCUCUGAAGGUUCCUUUUAUCACAGUGUCCAACUCCAAGAUCCUCCUGGUUCUGUUUUACCCAAUCAAUUCCUGUGCCAAUCCCUUCCUGUACGCCAUUUUCACAAAGACAUUUCGCCGAGAUUUCUAUAUUCUUUUAAGCAGGUUUGGUUGUUGUGAAAUGAAAGCUCAGCUUUACAGAACAGAAACAACAUCAUCCAUUCAUAAUUCCAAUGUAAGAAACGGUGCUCUGGCCACAGCAACUCAGUUUGGUCAAGGGAUGGCUUACACAGAGCUUCAGGUAGCUAAUCAUCGUCGGCUGCAAGAAGCUCAAUCUCAGUUCAUGAGAGUCCCAUCAAACAAUUAGGGGAAAACUACAUUAUUAUUUGACGGGAUGUGUGAUGAGAAUUUGUGUUGUGAACCCAUAAAUAAUCCAGUCCCCGGAUCAUCUCCAGUACCUUCUUGAUAAAAUAUCAGAAUUUAUGAUCCAUACCGACGCACCAGGAACCCAAGCCUUAGGGUAACAACAUUUUAAUAUGUCUUUGCAACUGUGCUCUCACUACUAAAUUGUGGUGAAUUUUACAGGGAUGGACAGUGGUUGUACAAUGUGGGAUGAGCAUCAUUUACUGUAAAUGAAAGCUAUCAAUUUUUUUUUAAUAUUCCUAUGCGAUUUGAAUAACCUUCAGAGACUCUUUUGUCCAAACAGGUUAUUAAUAUCAUAAAUGCACUUGAGCUACUUUCUCAAUAUAUAAUUUGCUCAAGGUUUUACCAGGUUUCCUUGUUAUUUAUAGUCUUAAUGUAAAUUUGUGAUAUUAUACUGCAGUUGUAUUUGAAAAAAAAAUGCUCAACAAAAACUGUCUUAUCUGUUCCUGAGGUUAAAUGUUUAACUCUUACAUCAGGAAAAUCUGUUGCAAUUGCAACACUUAAAAAAACAUACUCAAUAGUGAAGACUUAAUGUUCAUUACCAAUCAAUGAUUGAUAAUUACCUGAUCAGUGUUGUGUUUUAUGUAAGUAUAAGUGUCAGUCAAAUGUUCUAUUGUUAUUGAUUGAGGGUAUUACAUUUUAGUCAUAGAGCUAUGCAGCACAGAAACAGGCCUUUCGGCCCAACUUGUCCAUGCCGGCUAAGACGUUUAUCUGAGCUCAUCUCAUUUGUCUGCAUUUGCUCCAUAACUUCUAAAUCAAUUUUAUUUCUGUGCCUAUCCAAAUGUCUAUUAAACAUUGUAUUAAUACCAACCUCUACAACACACUCUGGCAGCUCAUCACACCACCCUCUACCAGAAACAGUUGCCCUUCAGGUCCCUUUUAAAUCUUCCCCCUCUUACCUUCAAACUGUGGAGUCUAGAGUGAUAGAGGCAUAGAGGGAUACAGUGUGGAAACAGGUCCUUUGGCCCAACUUGCUCACACCGGCCAACAAUGUCCCAACUACACUAGUCCCACUUGCCUGCGCUUGGUCCAUAUCCCUCCAAACCUGUCCUAUUCAUGUACCUGUCUAACUGUUUCUUAAACGAUGGCAAAGUACCAGCCUCGAUUACCUCCUCUGGCAUCUUGUUCCAUAUACCCACCACCCUUUGUAUGUAAAGGUUACCCCUCAGAUUCCUAUUAAAUCUUUUUCCCUGCUUCCUCUGGACCUCGAUUCCCCUACUCUAGGCAAGAGACUCUGUGCAUCUACCCGAUCUAUUCCUCUCAUGAUUUUGUAGACCUCUAUAACCGCUCAUCCUCCUGCGCUCCAUGGAUUAGAGACUCAGCCUACUCAACCUCUCCCUAUAGCUUACACCCAGUCUUGGCAACAACCUCGUAAAUCUUUUCUGAACCCUUUCAAGCUUCACAUUACCUUUCCUAUAACACGGUGCCCAAAACGGAAAACAAUGUUCUAAAUGCAGUCUCACUAAUGUCUUAUACAACUGCAACAUGGCCUCCCAACUUCUAUACUCAACACUCUUAUCUACCUGCGACUCUACUUUCAAGGAACCAUGCACCUGUACUAGUUUUAGAAUUCCCUACCCUGGGAAAGAGGUCUGUGAUCAUCCACCUUAUCUAUGCCCCUCUUAAUUUCAUAUACCUCUGUAAGGUCAGCCUUCAAUUACCUGUUCCAGAGAAAGAAAAUUACCUAUAUUAAUAUACCUAGCCUGUUAAACUGUUAAGACCAGCAGAGUUAAAAUGUUCUGCUGUUUACUGUGCAAGUCCUGCCCUUGUUUAACUUGCCAAAAUGUGACACCUCACACUUGUCCAAGUUCAAAUCCAUCUGUUGAUCCUUGGUCCAUUUUCCCAGUUCAUCUAGAUGCUGUUGUAGCCUUAAACAGCAUUCAUCACUUUCACCUGCAAUCCCAGUUUUGGUUUCACCCACAAAAUGACUCACCGUGUUAACAUGGUCAUCCAAAUUGUUCAUGCAGAUGACCACACAGAUCCCUGCAUCACACCACCAGUCACAAGCCUCAAUCUAAGCAACAACCUUCCACUAUCACCCUCUGACUCCUUCCACCAAGUUAAUAUUGUAUCCAAUUGGCUAGCUCACUCUGGAUCUCAUGUGAUCUAACCUUCCAGGUUAGUUUACCAUGUUAGACCUUGUCAAAAGCCUUGCUAAAGUGCACAUGCACUACCUCCACCACUCUGCUCUCCUCAAUUCUCGGCCACCUCUUCAAAAUACUCAGAUUUGUGAGAUGAUUUCCCAUGCACAAAGUCAUACUGAUUAUUCCUAAUCAGACCUUCCCUUUACAAACCCCUUGAAGAGUUUCGGCCCGAAACGUUGCCUAUUUCCUUCGCUCCAUAGAUGCUGCUGCACCCGCUGAGUUUCUCCAGCAUUUUUAUCUACCUUCCCUUUUCAAAUACAGGCAAAUUCUAUCCCUCAGAAUUCAUUUCUGUAACUUUCCUUCCUUUGCUUUAGGAUUUCUGUUGAGGGAAAGACAAAUCAGAAAGGGUAGAAACAUAGAAAAUAGGUGCAGGAGGCCAGCACCGCCAUUCAAUGUGAUCAUGGCUGAUCGUCCCCUAUCAAUAAACCGUGCCUGCCUUCUCCCCAUAUCCCUCGACUCCACUAGUCCCUAGAGCUCUAUCUAACUCUCUCUUAAAUCCAUUCAGUGAUUUGGCCUCCACUGCCAUCUGUGGCAAGGAAUUCCAUAAAUUCACAACUCUGGGUGAAAAAGAUUUUUCACACCUCAGUCUUAAAUGACCCCUUUAUUCUGGAUACUUUAUUCUCAGUACUUGCUCUUGAUUCCAAUCUAAUAAAUUUAAGAUAACAAGACUACAAUCAUGAAUAAUUUGGGAGAGAUAGUUAGUUUCCAGAAAUCUCAAUGUAAUAUUCAGAAAUACAAAGGAUAGAGAAGAAAUUAAACUUGUUUGCAGAUUUUUAAAAUUGUAAUUAUAUAAUUAAAGUUGCUUUAUGUACAUUUUGCAAAUACUCAGUUGAAUAGAUUGGGAUUUUUUUUUGUUUUUUUAAUUGUCCAGAUUUUGUUCCUGUUGAUUGGAAAUAUUUGAUCAACACCUUGGAUACCUGUGGUGAUACAUUGUCUUUGAGAAUGUUGGUGUAGAAUAUCAUGCCAGAUUGGUCAGUGUAUUUGCAUAGGGAUUUACAAAAGAGUGCAGUGGUUUAGGGGAAGUUCUUGGUUUGGCUGCAGCUGCUUAUGUCAUGCACGAUUGCAUUAUUAACAGUAUUUCAAUCAAACUCACCUUUCCUGAUCUUGCUGUCUCGAUCACAGCGGGCAGACUAUCAACUGAUGUCUAUUAUAAACCUACUAACUCCCACAGUUAUUUGGACUAUGCUUCCUCCCACCCUGCCUCUUGCAAAUAAGCUUUUCCCUCCUCUCAAUUCCUUCAUUUCAACCGCAUCUGCUCCCACGAUUAGACUUUCUGUUCUAGGACAUCCGGGAUGUCUACUUCAUUUAAUAAAGGUGCUUUCUCCUUUCUGUCAUAGAUGGAUCCCUCACCCACAUUGCCUCUGUGUCCCAUACUUCUGCUCUUGCUCCCCUUCCCCCAGACAGAACAAGGACAUGGUUCCCCUGGUCUUCACCUUUCACCCCACCAGCCUCUGUAUCCAACACAUCAUCCUCUGACAUUUUCGUCACCUCCAACGUGACCCACCAAUAAUCACAUCUUCCCAUCUCCAUCCAUGUCCGCCUUCCGCAGAGACUACUCCCUCUGCAACUCCUUGGUUCACAUAUCCUUUCCCACCCAAGCUAACCCAUCCACAGAUUAUUUCACCUGCAACCACAGAAGAAGUAACAUCUAUACCUCCUCCCUUGCCUUCAUACACCAACCCCAGCAGUCCUUUCAGGUGAGACAGAGGUUCACAUACACCUUCUGUAAAUUCAUCUACUGCAUCCAGUGUUCCCGAUGUAGGCUCCUGUACAUUGUCGAGACAAAGCAGCGACUCGGCGAUCGUUUGGCUGAACAUGUGCUCGGUCCACCAAGGCAUACGGGAUCUCCCGGUUGCUAACCCUUUUAACUCCUCUGCCCAUUCCCACACUGACAUUUCUGUCCUGGGCCUCCUUCAUUGCCAGAGUGAGGCUAUUGUAAAUUUGAGAUACAGCACCUCAUAUCCCGCUUGGAUAGCUUACAACUCAACAAUAUGAACAUUGAAUUAUCCAAUGGUAGGUAACCCCUCACUAAC